CUCCACCCCACAUGACUCUCGCUUUCUCAUCAACAUCAUCCACCAUGCCGACAGAAGCAGAACGCAAGCGCGAAGAGGCUGCCGCGCGUCGCCACGCGCGUCUGGAUAAUGCUGGCGUGCUCCAGAUGUCCGCGGCGGGCGAGACGUCCAUGGACAAAAUUACGAUUCUGCCGGGCCACGAGCCAGACUACUCUGCAUGCACCUUCAGCCUGUGGGAGGAGGACCACACGCUAGGAAACGCGCUCCGGUGGAUGAUUAUGAAGGACCCCGACGUCGAGUACUGCGGAUACAGCGCGCCGCACCCGUCCGAGCCCAAGAUCCACAUCCGCGUGCAGAUGUACGACGGGCUGUCCGCCGUCGACUGCCUGCGGCGCGCGCUCGCCAACCUCCGCGACCUCUUCAACACCGUGCAGCAGCGCUAUGCGCAGAGCCUGCGGAACGACGAGUAUGUCCAAGAGGCCGAUGUGGACGUGCACGAGGUCGUGGCGCAGACGCUGCGCGAGCGCGGGCUGCCCGUCCAGGGCGACGAGAUGGACACGGCGUAAUCUAGAUGCAUGUACUACUUAUCGAGCUACCAGUCGUCGUC